AUGAAGACUCCCUGCCUUUUGGUCGCGGCCCUUGCCGGCCUUGUGCCCUUCGUUAACGGCCAGAGGCCCGAAGAGAGGGGAACCAACUGCUUCAAUGGCCGUUGGGACACCCCCCAGAAAUUGACCGACGAACACUACCGCUCCGUCCUCAAGAAUAUCGACGACGCGGGCGAAGAGGAACUAAAGAUGAACAAUAACGCUGAGUGGACUUUGAACUGGUUCGGAUCGGAGCCGGCAGUUCGAGCGACCUUGUUUGGCAACCCGACCAAGGUUGUCAAAUACAAGCAGGUGGCCGACGCUGUUCGAGGAAUCCAGCGCAGAUGCGGGAGUGAUGGCGGUAAGUUUCCAAUCGGGCCUCGCUAA